GCCUCGCCAUUGAGGGCUGAGCCAGUCUCUGCGGCUGCGGCAGCAGCUGCUGCGAAGGCUGCGGCAGCUGCGAAGGGUGCCACCGCAACCACGUCGGCUGUGGCCGGCACAGCAGGUGCGGGCUCCUUGUCGAAAGGUGAGGGCGUGGUUGGCAAGAAGGGCCCCAGCCCGACUUUCGACCCCUCCACGCAGAUCGGUGCCAUGGACCCGCUUGGCUUCUUUGAUCCGGCUGGGUUCAGCAAGAAGGGCGACGAGGACGGCUUCCGCACCUUGCGUGCUGCCGAGAUCAAGCACGGCCGUGUUGCCAUGAUGGCAGCCCUGGGCGCCGUGGUUCAGCACUACGUCAAGUUCCCGGGCUUUGACUCCGUGCCCAGCGGCCUUGCAGCGUCCAUCACCGCGCCAGGCAGCUACGGCUUCGUGGCCCUCUUUGCGGUGGCCGGUAUCUUGGAGCUCGGUGCCUGGACCGAGAGCCCCGACAAGGAGCCGGGCAACUUUGGCGACCCCGCCGGCUUGAACCAGUACACCCAGGAGAUGAGGGAGCGUGAGAUUAACAACGGCCGAUUCGCGAUGUUCGCGGCCAUCGGCAUCAUCGCUGCGGAGCUCUACACGGGCAAGGAUGCCAUCGAGCAGUUUGGUCUGUGA